AUGUCGCAGCAGACAGCCAAGAAUUUCUAUCAAGUCGUCAAAUCGGCACCCAAAGGAAGAUUCAAGGGAAUCAAACGCGAUUAUAAGAUUGAAGACGUGCUUAGACUUCGCGGAUCGAUUGAUAUCGAAUACACAUUGGCGACGAGAGGAGCGAACAAGUUAUGGCAAUUGCUGCACACAGAGAACUUUGUGCCUGCUCUCGGAGCCCAGACGGCCAAUCAGGCGGUUCAGAUGGUCCGCGCUGGAUUGAAGGCCAUCUACCUGUCGGGAUGGCAAGUUGCUGCCGACGCGAACACCGCUGGAGACAUGUAUCCCGAUCAGUCGCUGUAUCCAGCCAACUCGGGACCUGAACUCGCGCGCCGCAUCAACCGAUCAUUGCGCAGAGCCGACCAGAUCGAGGCGUGCGAAGCCGAGGACUUCCUGGCGCAACGCGAUUGGUAUGCACCGAUUGUCGCCGACGCAGAAGCCGGUUUCGGUGGCGCGUUGAAUUGUUUUGAAUUGAUGAAGGCCUAUAUUGAAGCCGGCGCCGCCGGUGUUCAUUUCGAAGAUCAAUUGGGUUCGGAGAAGAAAUGCGGUCAUAUGGGUGGAAAGGUGCUCAUUCCUACUGCGCAGCACAUUCGCCAUUUGAACGCCGCUCGACUCGCCGCCGAUGUUUGCGGUGUGCCGACGAUCAUCGUUGCCAGAACUGACGCCGAAUCGUCACGUCUAUUGACAUCGGAUAUUGAUGAACGCGAUCAUCCAUACAUCGAUUAUGAUGCUGGAAGAACGUUGGAAGGAUUCUAUCGGCUUAAGGAUUCGACAGCCAUCAAGUAUUGCAUUGAGCGCGGAAUUCAAUACGCUCCGUACUGCGAUCUCAUCUGGAUGGAGACUUCGCAUCCAACCAUCGCUGAUGCUCGCGAGUUCGCUGAAGGCGUUCGCCGCGAGUAUCCGGACAAGAUGUUCGCUUACAAUUGUUCGCCGUCGUUCAACUGGAAGAAGCAUCUCUCGCCGACGCAAAUGGAGAAGUUCCAGAAGGAGCUCGGCGCGAUGGGAUUCAAAUAUCAGUUCAUCACACUCGCCGGAUUCCACGCCAACAGCUAUAGCAUGUUCGAUUUGGCGCGAAACUACAAGGAGCACGGAAUGCUCGCCUACUCGAAAUUGCAGGAGGGCGAAUUCGAGGCGGAGAAGCACGGAUACUCGGCGGUGAAGCAUCAGAGAGAAGUCGGAACCGGAUACUUUGAUAGUGUCUCGAAGGCUGUUACUGGCGGACUUUCGAGCACCACCGCGCUUUCAGGAUCCACCGAAGAGGCUCAAUUCCAAACAUCUGCAAGUGCCACCGAAGACGAGGAGAUCCUUUCGCUCACCGCUAGUCCAGUCGCUGGCGACGAGAAGAUUCUCACGCCGGACGCGCUUCGCUUCAUUCGCGACCUCAACACCGAAUUCAAUCCGCGUCGUCUCAAGCUUCUCGCGAAACGCCAACGCGUUCAGGAGGACAUCAACUCGUCGAUCUGGUUCCCCGACUUCAACGCUGAAACCGAGAAGUUGCGCAGCGAUUUUGGAUGGCGCGGUGCCGAGAUUCCGCAGGAUUUGCAGAAUCGUCGCGUUGAGAUCACCGGACCGACCGAUCGCAAGAUGAUCAUCAAUGCCUUCAAUUCGGGAGCCAACGUGUUCAUGGCGGACUUUGAGGAUUCAAACUCGCCGACAUGGAGGAAUCAGCUUGAAGGUCAGAUCAAUCUCUAUGACGCCGUCCGCAACAACAUCUCCUAUGUGCAUCCGACCACCAAGAAGGAAUACGUUCUCGGAAAAGAACGCGCUGUGCUCAAAGUCCGUCCACGUGGAUGGCAUCUUCCGGAGAAGCACGUGCUGAUUCACAAUCAGCCAACGUCGGGAUCCCUCUUCGAUUUUGGACUCUUCGUCUUCCACAACGCUCGCGCCCUUAUCGAUCAGGGCUCGGGACCAUACUUCUAUUUGCCGAAGCUCCAAUCCGCCGAGGAGGCGCAACUCUGGGCUGAUGUGUUCAAAUACACUGAAGACAAGCUCGGACUACCAAAGGGAACCAUCAAGUGCACUGUGCUCAUUGAGCAUUUGCUUGCCAGCUUCCAACUCCAUGAGAUCAUCUACGCCCUCAAGGACUACAUUGUUGGAUUGAAUUGCGGACGAUGGGACUACAUCUUCUCCUACAUCAAAACGUUCCAGGAGCACCGCAAAUUCCUUCUUCCCGACCGAUUCCAAAUCGGAAUGACGGCGCCGUUUAUGAGAAACUACUCAUUGGAGGUGAUCAAGGCGUGCCAUGAGCGUGGAAUUCACGCGAUGGGCGGAAUGGCCGCGCAGAUUCCUAUCAAACAUGAUCAAGUCGCCAAUGACAAGGCUCUCGCGCUCGUCAGGAACGACAAGGAGCGCGAGGUGACUGAUGGACACGACGGAACCUGGGUGGCUCAUCCGGGUCUCGUUCCAGUCGCCAAGGCUGUCUUUGAUAGCAUGAUGCCGUCGCCAAAUCAAAUCCAGAAGAAGAUUUCCCGCUCUCCAGUCACCAAGGAAGACCUCACCGCGAUUCCGGAAGGAACUCGCACUGAAGCCGGAUUCCGUCACAACAUCAGCGUCACACUUGGCUAUCUUGACUCAUGGCUUCGCGGCACCGGAUGUGUUCCAUUGUACAACUUGAUGGAGGACGCGGCGACCGCCGAAAUCUCGCGUGCUCAACUCUGGCAAUGGCUUCGUCAUGACGCGAAACUCGAAGACGGCCGAACCAUUGAUGCCGUUCUUGUGAAGCAGACGAUCGCCGCCGAAGCCGAACGCCGCCUCAUUCGCGCCGGUUCGGUUGUCAAUCGUAUUCCAGAGGCGGCCGAGCUUCUCGAAAAAUUCGCCACCGAAGAGAAGAUGUCGGAUUUCUUGACGCUCGAUGCUUAUGACAAGCUCGUUUCCGAAGGAUACUAA